AUGGAGGAACUGAAAAGUGUCGCAGCCACUCCCCGGGACUGGGGCGGCUGGAGCAUCGGAAAACAUGUCACCUCCAUUAGUGAUGGAGCGUCAUUAGCACGCAUUGCUUUUUCUAGCCGCUGCCCGUUCUUCAUCCUUGCUGAAGCAGAGGACGUCAAAUCCCAAAUGCCGUCCGUCGUUGCCCUGGUGGCAAUCUUCUCUUCUUACAAGAUAGCAUCCAAACCCAAAACAUCUCUACACCGUAUCCUCAGUGUCAACAACUUCUUCUUCCGUCCUUCUCAUUUGCCAUUUUACCAUUUCGUCUCUCUAUACAUUACAACGAGCAUACCUCCGUAUCCGGAACCUUCAACUCAGCUUACGGUCACCGUCAACGCCAUUCUCAAGAUGGCAGCAUCUUACGGCGUUCGUUCGCCUCAUCAACAGACUUUAUUCCAUUUAAUACCUAUAAAUGAAAAAGCAAGAGCCGCACUAGACCAUCCCGAUAACUCUCAAUUCGUAUCGACAACAUCCAAAGGUGAUGGAUUAGAGGUAGGAUAUCACGUUCCCUCAAUAUCGAGGGGAGACGUGAUCACGAGUCUCGGAAGAGACGCGGAUCUGAUCCUUAAUCAAAGCCAAUAUUCAAGACACGUGGACUUCCAACUAAACAAGGAUGUUCGAAAGGUGAUGCUUCGCGUGUUAUCCAAAGACAAAUCCUCUGUCUCGGUCGAUCCGUGCGCGGGUGUAGGUGAUAGACACAUGGGCGGAGUUACCACCCCGCAGCUCGCCAGACCCAGUAAAUCCACCCCGCGGCUCGCCACGCGUAGGGAUGACUGGGAUGACUCGGACGACUGGGUAGACCGGAGAGACUAUGGACUAGUGUAUGGCCAAUCUUACUUAAUAGACAUUUGUGGUUACAGGUUCUGGUUGAUCUGGGUCGAAAAAAACCCCGAGCAACUGCAGGCUCUUGCGCUUCAACGACAGAUACGCGAACUUCUAGACACUCAGGGGCCAAAGCAUGUGAGCCCCUUUACAGCUGUCCACAAGGCCCUGGACAACACAACUGGGAACAUUAUCAUCGUUACGAAGAUUAAGCUCGGCAAGUUUGGGGCGCGGCAAGACGAGGUUCGAUCAGCCAUUCGUCAAGAAGUUGCGUUUCUCCAAGAACAUAGACACCCCAAUAUAAUUUCAUGCUUGGGCUCUAGAUACUUCGAGACAGGCCUACCCGUCUUCUACACCGACCCCAAGGAAGGGGACAUUUUGCAUCUUUCUGAAACACAGACAAUCCUGUGGCCAAAUGGCCUUGGUCAAAGAAUGGUGCGCCAAAUGCUCGACGCGCUGGCAUACCUUGCUGAGAACAAUAUGAGUCACGGGAGCAUUGAGCCAGCAAAGAUCCUAUAUACCUACAACAGGACGCAAAACAUGGCCGAGAUCGACAAAUAUGGCUUCCAGCUAUCACAUUUCGGCAUCUCCAAAUAUGCUGUGAAGCCACCCGCGCAGUUCCGGGCACCGGAGCUCUGGGACGACAACGAACCAGACCCGGCAAAGCUGGUGACCCCCAAGACUGACGUGUGGUGCCUCCUUGCCGCUUUUGCUGCCACGCAUCCGUCGACCCAGCGCGAGAUCUCGCAGGUCAUCGGCUUGUCAGCCCUGUGCCAGGUGAUGCGGAGGGUCAGAAACCUGUGGCCGCUUUUUAACCCGAUGGGCACUGAAGACCCCAAGCAACGAGCAUCCGCAACUCAGAUGAUUCAUUUUCUCGCCGGUCUUGAAGGCCAAACUCAACCUCCAGUUGCCCCAGCCGCAGCUCUAUUUCCAGUUGCCCCAAGCCCAGCUCAACCUCCAGUUUCCCCAAUCCCAGCUCUAUUUCCAGUUGCCCCUGCCCCAACUCCAGCUCUAUUUACAGCUGCCACAAGCCCAGCUCAACCUCCAGUUUCCCCAGCCCCAAGUCUAUUUCCAGCUGCCCCAAGCCCAGCUCUGUUUCCAAUUGUCCCAAGCCCAGCUCGACCUUCAAGUGUCCCGGGCCCAGUUCCUCCAUCUCCGGGAGCCAGAGGACCAACCGACGACCCCGCGGGUCGGGGUGGUCAAAAACUUACAACUACCGUAGACGAGCUUCAGUACAAUCUGCGCACUCGCACGGUUACACAACGUGCAGAGCAGAGACGCAACGCUGGCGAUCGGACAGAAAAGAGACGCAACGCUCGCCAUCGCCCAUAUUGA